AUGACAGACUCAAAGCCAAUUGAUACCCCUAUGGGAACAAAUUCAAAACUUAAUAUUGAUGAACCUGGUCCUGCAGUUAAUGAAACCAUAUAUAGAGGAAUGAUUGGGUCUCUAUUAUAUCUGAUAGUGAGUAGACCUGAUAUUGUGUUUAGCGUAGGAAUGUGUGCAAGGUUUCAAGCGUGUCUAAAAAAAACCCAUUUAAAGGCUGCAAAAAGGAUUCUAGGGUACUUAAAGGGAACUGAGGACCUGUUCCUAUACUAUUCGGCUGGAGACUCUUUUAACCUGGUGGGAUAUGCUGAUGCUGAUUAUGCAGGGUACCUGGUUGAUAAAAAAAGUACCUCAGUAAGGGCUCACUUUCUAGGAUCCUCGUUGAUCUUUUGGGGAACCAAAAAACAAAACUCAGUUGCUCUAUCUACUGCAGAGGCUAAGUAUGUUAUAGCUGCCUCUUACUGUGCUCAAUUAUUGUGGAUCAAACAGUAG